CUUCUUCACCAUAAAUUAGUUAUCAUAAAUCAAAACUCAACUUUGGGUUUUCUCCUCUGUGUUUUUCAAUCAUAUAUAGAUCAUCAAAAUUAACAUUCAGUUGAAGUAACAAAAGAGAUGGCAAUCGUUUUGCGGUCUUCAAAUUUCUUGAGUUCAUUUAAUUGUAUUCCCUCAAUAUCAUGUAGAAGGGGGUUGAUUAGAGCGAAUAUCAAUAUUCGAAACAAUCAGACGUAUAAAAUCUCUCUUCCCAGGCUUCAAAGAAAAGCCAGAUUGGUGCAAGAAGAGGAGUUGAUUAGUGUGUUGUCAACUAGCAGUAGUUCAAUUGAGAAACAACUUAGUCCAUCAAGAAGAAGUGAUCCUCUAGUGAUCGAGAAGCUAUACGCGAUCAAGGAGGCAAUUGCUGAUAGAGUGGAGAUGCAUAGAAAUAUUGGGGAACAGAGGAGCCAAUGGAACAGUAUGCUCUUGACAUCGAUUAAUGGGAUUACACUUGCUGCUGCUAUAUUAACUGGACUUGCAGCUAGCAAUGGUGAUUCCGUUUUGGGACUAAAAAUGUCAUCCACUUUGAUGUAUUUGGCUGCUACUGGCAUGUUGGCGAUCAUGAAUCAAAUUCAGCCAUCCCAACUUGCUGAAGAACAAAGAAAUGCAGCUAGGCUUUUUCAAGAUCUAUAUAACCAAGUCGAAACAACUUUAUCAAUCGGUCACCCUUUGGCUAUUGAUGUCAAAGAAGCUAUGGACAAAGUCUUGGCUCUUGACAAGGCCUAUCCUUUACCUCUUCUUGGUGUGAUGCUAGAGAAAUUUCCAUCUUCUGUGGAACCUGCUGUUUGGUGGCCUCAACAACGUCGAAGGCAGCCCAACCAUGGAAACGAAUGGAAUGGAUGGAACGGUAAACUGGAGGAAGAAAUGAAAGAAAUAAAGGGAGUUUUGGGCAGAAAGGACCAAGAAGAAUACAUUAGGCUGGGGGGAAAGGCCUUGAAAUUGAACAAGUUUUUAGCCAUGUCCGGUCCUUUGCUCACAGGCCUAGCAGCAGUUGGGUCGGCAUUUGCAGGUCAUUCUCCUCAUGGAUCUUGGGCAGCCAUGCUAGGAAUUGUUGGUGGCGCAUUGGCAAGUGUAGUUAACACAAUAGAACACGGCGGGCAAGUUGGAAUGGUAUUCGAGAUGUAUAGGAGCAAUGCCGGUUUCUUCCAGUACAUGCAAGAAUCAAUUGAAUCAAACUUGACAGAAACAGAAACGGAGAGAAGAGAUAAUGGUGAAGUGUUUGAAUUGAAACUGGCUUUGAAAUUGGGAAGGAGCUUAUCAGAUCUAAGAAAUCUUGCAGCUGAUUCUUUAUCAAAGGGAGAAGAAAUUGACGAGUUUGCAAGCAAGCUUUUCUAAGUUUUAACUGUUUAACUAAUGGAUAACGCAUCGGCAAAAUGCAGUACAUACCAAUGUUUAUGCAAAUAGGACUAACUCAUCUUUGUAGGAUUUUGUAACGCCAUAUCUUGAAAGUUGCACAUUAAAUGGCUAGCUUGUUUGAUUCUUAAUUAUUAACUUUCAAUCUUUGACUCAA